GUGUGUGCGCGUCAUUUCCGUCCCCAGCCGGAAGAAGGUGAAAGGAGCCAAAUUUGAUUUUCCAACCCGAUAAGUACCAUCAUGCCUAUCCGUGCCCAUUGUACCAUCUGUUCUGAUUUCUUUGACAAUAAGACUGAUGUUGCAGCUAUUCACUGUGGACAUAUUUUCCACCAUUUGUGUCUCAUCCAAUGGUUUGAUACUGCACCAAAUCGGACCUGUCCACAGUGCAGAAUCCAGGUUGGGAAAAGACACAUAAUCAACAAAUUGUUUUUUGAUGUUGCCCUAGAGGAGCAGUCAGAACUGGAUGCAGAAAGUCUACAGAAUGAACUAGAUAAGGUGAAAGCUCAGCUAUCCAUGAAAGAGAAAGAAAAACGAGAUUGUCAAUGUAUUGUAAAUUCAUUGAGAGAGACCCUGGAUCUACGUAAUGCCACUAUAGAAUCACUCCAGAAAGCUAUUUCUGACACGGAAAUGCUGUGUUCUACACUCAAGAAACAAAUGAGAUAUUUAGAACAGGAGCAAGAAGAAACAAAGAGUGCAAAAGAAGAAACUCAAAAAUUGCGAAGGAAGGUGAAAUCUAUGGAAAGAAUUGAGACACUGUUACACAGUCAGCGUUCUGAAGUAGAGGAGAUGAUCCGUGAAAUGGGAGCAGGGCAAGCAGCAGUGGAACAGCUUGCCAUCUAUUGCAUCUCACUAAAAAAGGAGUAUGAAAGUCUGAAGGAAUCUCAGAAAGCAUCAAAUGAUACAGUGGAAAAACUGAGAAAGGAGUUGUUUUCUGCUAAUCAUAAGCUCCAGAAAACUGUUCUAGAGUUGGAGAAAACAACUGAAGAAUUGAAAAAUACACAGACAGAUCUGAGAAAUGCAGAUAAGGAGAUUACGAGCUUGAAAAAAAAGAUAGGAGUCCUACAAGAUACCAUAAAAGUACCAUCAUUAACCAGUGAAGCACUUAGCCGGCUUGUCUCUGAAAGCCCUGCUCCUGCACAAUUUCUGAACCCAAAGUUUCAUCAACCUGUUCACACUGAUGAGAUUGACCUUAAUGCUACUUUUGACGUAGAUACGCCAAAGUCUCAUAAGAGAGCUGUUGCUCCUGCCAAAAAAAUCAAGCUAGAUAAAAACUCGGCAUCUGUGACAAAUUUAUCAAGAGUCAAAGGAACAAUGGAGAACUGCUCUACUGACACAGAUGAUGAACAUCUAGAAGAUCUUUUACCUUCUUUUAUAAGAAAGUCAAUCCUGACUAAGAAAACUGUUCUAAACAGCAUACCCCAGAAAAAUACAGGAAUUGUAAGAAUUGGGUAUGAUGGUUUAGGAGGCAGAACCAAGUUCAUUCAGCCUACUUUUCCAACAGAGAUUCGGCCCCUGACUAUGAAGAACAAGAAAAGAAUUAUUUCAAAGCAAACAGGAAUAAUGCCUUCUGCUUCUGGCAUCAAUCAGACUAAAUUAGACAACUUCCUUAAGUAAUCUCCUCAGAUUAAGCACAACCUGGAUCAUCUUCUACAUUAGGUAGAUGAUAUAAAUGAUACCCAUCUGCAUUAGGUAGAUGUUGUCAGCACAAGUGCACAGUGAAGACUGCUUGGUCAUCAGAUGAUUUAUUAUGCUGUUAUUUAUUAUGUUGCCAGUCCUUGGGAUAGGAUGGAAUGGAAGUUACAGUGCUAAAAUCCUUUAGCCAGUUUUUCUAUGUUUCUAUGUUCCAGUUUUCUAGGUAAUCCUUAUAAAUUAUGAUUUGGGAGUAUUAAUUUAUAUUAAAGACACCAAUAGCUCUGCUUGCAAAUGAAUUAUCCACAUCUUCAUAUUUUAUAUUAGAAGAGAGUUAUCUCUGCAGCUGUCAAGUUAUGUUACUGUCCUGAAUGAUGAAGAAAGAAAUAUUCAAGAAAAGAACUUCAUUUAUAUCUUUUGCCUACAGAUAUGAAGGAUUGGGGGAAAGAGCAAUAGGCCUUGAUGGUUUUUUUCCCCUGAUCCACAUUUCUGUUUCAUUGCCUAUACUCCAACACACAAUCCAAUGUGCUUCAUAGUCUUAAUUCCUAUUUUCAAAAGGGCUUUGGAGCAUGAGUGUAGCAUCUGUUUAAAUAAUUUAGAACAGCUGUGACUAUUUCCUGGGCCUGUUACAGUUGCACAGGGAAAAGAUGGAACUGCUUUCAGGUGUUUGCAGUCCAGAGCUCUCUGAAGCACGUUUGGAGAUCAAAUUCAAAGAGCUUCACUCCCCUAUCAGGAACUAUACAAAAUAUACAGGGAUGCCUUUGGAGAUAUUUGUUUUCACUAUUUGGGCUUCUUGUUUUUUUGUUUCUUUCCUUUACUGGCUGUAAAAGAUGGUGCUACUUUUACCACAAUGUUUUCUUUUGCCUUCAUUCAAGUCUAAUGAACAGAAUAAUUCCAGGAUAAAUUUGAACAAAAACAUUCAGAUGUAUUUUGCUCAGUAUAAGAAAUGAUUAGAUUCUUUGUAAUUAAUGUUGCUUAAUGCUUUAAAAUUUGGAACAAAUCCCUUGGAAUCUGCAAACUUUUUCCAGAUAAAGAGAUAUUGUUGGUCUGAGGCAAAUAUUCAGUUUUCUUUGAUAUUGUAUUGGCAGGUGGCGUCUUUUAACUAAGAGUGAAUUCAAACUUUUAAUUCUAGGAGGAAAAAAAUAUUAAAAAAAACAUUAGCCCAAAAUUAAACCACACAUGAAACUAUGGCACUGAUGUACCUGACCCUUCAAUAAAUUAAUGAAGAGUACUUUUGUUUGAAACUUCUAACUGAGCAUACGAGUGUAUUGAAUAAAUGUCAGGUGUAUUCUGGGCAAAAUUGGGGUUGGUUAGUGUGUGGUUUAGCUUACUGUGUGUGACAGCCAGUUAAUAGACCAAAGGUUAUCUAGUGAUCCUUAUAGUUUAAAUGAAUUUUUUACCUAACUCUUCCUGUUUCAAGUAAAGAUCUGUUUUUGUUAUACGACAUAUACAUCAGUUCUCCAACUAUUGUACCAGGAAACUCAAAAGGAGAAACAUCAGAAGUAGCUACUACUAAAUAUUUUAUCCCACAAGCAAAACCAUUGGAAUCCAAGAAUCCCCUCAGAUCUCCAUUUCAAAAUUCCAGUUAAGAUUAUUUAACUCUUAGAAACUUUAAUGAGAGUUCUAUUCAAUUAUUAAAUUUUGUACACUAAACGAAACAUAUUGCAGGAAAACGGUAGAGACAGAGACAUAAACUCUCAUCAAUUUUUUCCCAAAAUAAGGUUUAGUUCAGCUUCACUGACACUUCAGUUGAAAAUGUGAUACAGUUAGCUCUUGCCUUAUGACCAAAAUUGAGCCCAAAAUUUAUGUUGCUAAGUGAGACAUUUGUUAAGUGAAUUUUGCCUCAUUUUAUUACCUUUCUUGCCACAGUCGUUAAGCGAAUCACUGCCGC